UAAUUACAAAUUUACCAUGGGGAAAUGCGGAAAACUACCGUCACCACCAUUGCCUCAUACAUAACAAUACUAGCAAACUCUAAAAUUACUGAUUAUAAUUUAAAAGUUCACUGGAUAUGACUGAAAACAUUGAGCUACAACAUGAUGCCCUUCAGACUGCGAUAUCUCGUAGUGGAAGGAAGGUUUACUUUGGUGAUUUUCAAAGACGUCGUCCCACGAAGCGAAUGACAACGGUCAGGUCAUUUGCUGUUACACGAAACUGGGUUAAAGAACAAAAUGAAAGACCACCAAAUGAGGGCAGUUCAACUGAAAUACCAAAGAAUGCGAUUGCAUUGAGAACUGAUGUUGCAAAAACUCAGCCAUCUGAAAUAACCCACAAACCUUUGGGUUUUGAGGAUGUGAGCUCUUUGUCCAAAAGUGAACUAAAUGAUAUUCAGGAAGAUUAUGUGUCAUGUGAUAGUGCUAAUGAUGUCUCAUUUGGUGACGAUAAAAACUCUACAAAAGAUGCAAUAUUGUGCAGAAAAACUCCUUUAAAGCUUUUUGAAAAGUCACAGUCACAAAAUAUCAGUUUGUUAUCUCUGUCAAAAGAUAAAAAGUCUAGCUCUUUGACCAGGAGGAAAAAACCUCAAUCAACAAACAUAGAGAAGGAAAAUUCUAGAAGUAAUAGUUUUUAUGAAGAAACAUGUGAAGCUCAACGCUUUGUGAGGUUAUUUAACGCUGAUCGCGGCCGGAAGGGCAGAGUAGCUGAUAUUACAGAUCUGGAUGUUAUCCUCACGAAUGUUGAAGAGAUUGCUUUGGAAAUUAAAAGCCAUACAGAUUCUGCAUUAAACAAAAAGAUGAUACGCGAAGCAUUCGUCCAACUUAAAGAUAUGCUCAGUGAAAAGAUGGAUAUUUACAAUGAAAUGAGACAUGUCAAGUUAGAGACAAAGAAGUUAAACACAAAAUUGAAAAAAAGGCAACAAGAAUUAGCGGACGUCCAAGAUGAGCGAAAAAGAGUCGAUAUUAGUGUAAAGAAAUUGCUAUCAGAAAACAUUGAAAUAGAAAAGCAAGUUAAGAAUAAGCAAAACGCAAACGACUUUCUGACAGCAUUCAAAGAAUUUCAAGAAGAAAUCAGAAUGAAGACAAUUUAGAGAAAGUAAAGAUACCAUUUUUUGAUUGGUCCAUAACCACUAUGCAUUAAUGAUCAACAUGAAACGUGGCUGAAGGAAAAAUAAUUGUCCCUGUGAUGCGAAAGUAGUAUGUUAAAUUUAACAAAAAAUGGUUUGGCUUGCAAAACUUUGCAUUUGUAUGCAGGUUAUCAAAUUUACAAGUAGAAAAUUUCGAAAAUGAUUGCAACAACUGAAUAAUGAAAUCCUAUGUUUCGGAGAAAUCCCUAUUGUAAAAUUCAAAAUUAAAACCUUUUGCGUUGUCCAAAAUUUGGAUUUGUUGUUCACAUUUAAGAGGUUAUGCAAAAGACAAUAAAAUCAAAAAAUGGGCAAACGUAUACUUACGUAAAUAGAACUUUGUAAUUCUUUUAUAAAUUUAAGUAAAUCGUAGCAGAGAUAUUUUGAUCUAGAUUUUAGUGUACUGUCAAAGAAUGUAGAUACACAGAGACAUGCCCUUUUCAAAAAAGUAGUUGCAAUAUGCACCGUAUUUCCAUUUGGCCCUCGAAUAUUUGAACCAACAUAGUUUGUGGAAAUAACAGCAGAAUGUGCGAAUAGAUAAAAAUGUAGUUCAUUUAUUUUUGUUUAAUCUAAAGAAGUCGCUUGCUGACCUAUCUCUAACCUUACAAUAUGUUGUAUGAUAUGCAGUCGACAAAUGCAUUAUUUGAGAGUCA